GCAAAGCAAGCAACCGCACGUCUCUCAGCAAGACUGCACGCGUCCGGUGUAGAAGAGUUCACCGAUCUGUAGCGCAACAGAUCAAGGGCGAUUUUCUGAAAUUAAUUAAAAUAUUGCAUUAACGAAAUGCGACGCGGUUGAUUUUACGGGUUUAAUUAAGAUUGUUGCAAUGUCGGAAAUACAAGGUAAAUACAGAAGACAUCUGUAUCAGGACAUCUAAUGUCGGCCCUUUUAGAUGUGUGCGGAAAUGAUACUGGUUCGCCAUCGAUAUCGAAGGCUGACGAUAAUCUGUCCAAUAGUGACGGACCCUUGAUUAAGAGUCUCAUUCGACAAAACAGUUGCAGCAGCAUACAUGCAAGAACAAUUGGUUCUUCGUACGAGAUGUCUUCGACGGGGGAGAAAUCAACGAAGAGGCGUUAUUGCCUCUGGACGUUAACUCUGGUCCUGGCGAUACUCGGCCUUUGCAAUCUUUUUCUGAACAUCACUGUUAUCGCUGUUUUACGUAUUAGCCAAGGAAUGGAAGCCAUUGAAGUAAUUCCGGACGAAAACCUCGUUAAAUUCUACGGAAAAACUGAUUUGGACAAGGUAUCCCUGCAAUCGGGUGUAUGUCAGAGCUACGGCGACGAGCCGAUGGAGGUAUCCGGCGACGAGGCCGGGGUGCACAUCGACGUGAAAAGUCACGGGCGCGUCCACGAAACGCAUCCGCAUUUAAAGCUGAACGUUCUACCGAACGGUACCACUCUGUCACAGGUAGAAUCGUUCGAAGUGAAGGAUCCGCGCACCGGUGUAAUCUACUUCACCACCGACUUCCCGAACUUCGGCCUGCCGAGCGGCGUCGAGACGAUCGACGUGAAGAUCGCGGAGACUCACCGGAUCACGUCGCCGGUCAACGAGAGCAUGACAGUCCAGUCCGAGAGUGAAAUCUCGCUGCAGGGCGCGGAGGGUGUGCAAAUGGAGAGCAAGGACAUCGUGUGGAGCGCCGACGUCGACGUCUUCUUAAAAAGCGUGAACGGUAGCAUCGUGCUGGACGCCAGGGACGGCCUUUUUAUCGACGUGGAGAACAUCCCGGUGGCGCCGAUGUUCCUGCCAAGCCCGACGACCAGCCACGAGCAGUACAAAGUCUGCGUGUGCAUGCCGCAAGGCAAGCUCUUCAAAGUACCCGUACGACCGGGCACUGGUUCGCGCACGGUCAAUUGCGCGCGGGUCGCCAGGAGCCCGGAGAAUGAUCCGUGUUUGUCGUAGACUUGGAAACUCUUCCCGUCACGAACCUCGUUACACACGCGAGUAACGCGCAUAUCACUGCCAAGCGAGCAAGUCACGGACGUGGGGAAAUGCAUUCGGCGUUUGAUCGAAACUAAAUUACGUUGAACGUCGAUGCUCGAAUCGUGAUCUCAACGCAUUUAAACAUUUAAUAUUUCUACACACGAUCAUAGAUGCAAACGUUCAAGAAAAAACACUUACUACACCUUUCGACAAAGGAGGCCUAUAUAAGCCGAAUUUCUGAGCUCGUCGUCCUCCCGAGUGGAGACCCAAGGUGCUACGCAUGUAAGAAAGACGUUAGAGAGAGUAGAGAAUAAAAGCUGUAACCAGGUUUGUAUG